AUGCCGCCGGAGUCACCGACAUCGCCGGCCAAGCCGUCCCCCUCGCCGCCGGGAUCGCCGCCGACCAAUGCCGCGGCGCCGUCCCCGGUGUCGGCGUUGCUGCGAGCGACCGUGCUGUUCGUCGCCUUCUUGGUUCUCCAGCUCGUGCUCUUCAAGUCCCUCCUCCGGUUCCCUAGCUCCCGCUUCUUGCCGGCGCCGCGCCGCAGCAACAGCACCUGGGCCAAUGGCGCCGUCGACGACGCCGACGAGUGCAGGGCCGGGCUGAUCUACGUCUAUGACCUCCCGCCGGAGUUCAACCACGACCUCGUCGCCCACUGCGAGCGCCUGUGGCCGUGGUACUCCUUCUGCCCGUACCUCUCCAACGGCGGCCUCGGCCGGCCGGCCGCCGAGGUACCUGCUCUCUCCGCCGUCGUGCCGAACGCGUCGCUGCCCAACUGGUACAACACCGACCAGUUCCCGCUGGAGGUCAUCGUCCACCGCCGGCUGCUGUCACACCGGUGCCGCACCAUCGACCCGUCGCUCGCCACCGCGUUCUACGUGCCGUUCUACGCCGGCCUCGACGUCGGCAGCCAUCUCUGGGGCCCGAACUCCACCGUCGCCGACCGCGACCGCGCCGGCACACGGCUGCUCCGGUGGCUGAGGAGGCAGCCGUACUUCAGGAAGUCCGGCGGGUGGGACCACUUCAUCACGCUCGGGCGGAUCACGUGGGACUUCCGCCGGUACGGCGCCGGCGGGUGGGGCACCAACUUCGUGCUCAUGCCGGGGAUGGAGAACGUCACCCGCCUCGUCAUCGAGGGCGACCGGCUGGACCCGAUGGACGUCGGGGUCCCCUACCCGACGGCGUUCCACCCGCGCGCCGCCGCCGACGUCCGCGCGUGGCAGCGGCACGUGCUGUCCCUGGAGCGCGCCACGCUGUUCGGGUUCGCCGGCGCGCCGCGGUCGGGGUUCCGCGACGACUUCAGGGACGUGCUGCUGGAGGAGUGCGAGGACGCCGGGGGCGCCUACUGCCGCGCCGUGGACUGCCGGGGCACGCGGUGCAACGACAACGGCGCGGCGGUGCUGGAGCUUUUCCUCGACUCCCGAUUCUGCCUGCAGCCGCGCGGGGACAGCUUCACCCGGCGGUCCAUGUUCGACUGCAUGGUGGCCGGCGCCGUGCCGGUGCUGUUCUGGCGGAGGACGGCGUACGACGCGUACCGGUGGUUCCUGCCACCGGCGGCGGGGUCAUCGGGCGGCGGCGAGGAGGAGGAGGCGGAGUGGUCGGUGUUCAUCGACCGGCAGGCGCUGCGGGUGGGGAACGUGAGCGUGCGGGACGUGCUGGAAGGGUACAGCGAGCGGCGGGUGCGGCGGAUGCGGGAGCGCGUGGUGGAGAUGAUACCGAGGCUGGUGUACGGCUCGUCGUCCGACGGGCGCGGCCUCGGCGACGGCAUGGACGACGCGCUGGAUGUCGCUCUCAGCGGCGUCCUCAGGCGGUCCCGUCGGCGCCGGCGGAGCGCCGCGCAUGAAGAGCGUCCACCCGGGCGCGGCAGCAGCAAACCGACGGCACCUCUAUCUUCCAACGGGAAAAACGGACCGGCGGUUGGCCGGCGUCCACCGCGGGACAGACCAACGCUGCCGGCCUCGGCGUACAUCAAAACCGUCCUCUCAGAAGCAUCGGCAUCAACAAGCAAAAACUUGCAACUAUCUUGA